UCGUUGGGAGAAGCUCCUUGUUUUCUUUUAUUUGAUAGUGAAAGCGUGAUCCUCAUAAAGUAAACGCGGUGCUUUCUUGCUUCUUUCAAUGCAAAUUUAGGAUUAGUGGCGGAUAUUAAACCAUCAUGACGGACUCGGAACCAGAUCAAGAGCGUCGACGGAGAAGACCUGCUGUGUACGUUCAAGCCACUUUCCCUUUCGCGGCUAAAUUUACUGGGCUGGGCUGAUAAGCAAAGAGAUGCAGUUCAUGCUCUUUUUGUAGAAGACGCAAAAUCAAAUGCAAUCGAGAAGUUCCAUGUAGCAAUUGUGUAAGAUCAAGUAUCGCUGCCAAUUGUGUUUACGACAAAUUUCCUACGCCUUCCAGAACUCAAGCUCAGCAAAAUGAACUUCGACAAGCUCCAUGUCAGAGACAAAAUCAUCAGCUUCCAAUCGGGGCAGCUUCCGAAAGAGACGCAAGCUUAACUCCUGGGAUCCCAAUAUGUCCGGUAUCACCAUCGUUAAACGAUUCGAUGCCGUUGUCAUUAACAAGUCUAUAUAAUACUCCAAACACAGAUCCAACUAGUGAUGCCGAGUCCAUGAAACGGAGGAUAAAAGAACUUGAAGAUCAGCUUUCGGUUGCGACUAGAUCUUCUGUUCCAUCCACUGCUCGCCCUCAUCCUGCCCUCUCUCCUGCAAACUCUAUAAUUUCCAACAAAAAGCAAAAAUCUUCACUUGCUGGAACCUUUCACGUACACAAAGAAAGUCGGCCAUUCGGUCAGGGUCAUCCUGUGGCCGUAACUUAUGGAGUUUUACACAAAACUCGACUGCUAGGCCAAAGCCAUUGGAUUAAUGCAGUUACUGGAGUAAGCCAUUUACUUACCUCAAUUAGUCACUGACGAUCAGGGACUUACUGACCAAUCAACAGUACCAUGAUUUUUUCGAGAUAAUCGAGCCGUGUAUACAGGAAGGCUCUAAAGCCGCUGUUGCGAUACACAAAUGUAAAACUUUAGGGAAGCUUAUAAAAACCCGACGGGCGCCGUCAUGGCCGUCACCACUAACUUGGCCGGAUUUACCUUUAAGGGAAAUUGCUGACGGGCUGGUUGAUUGUUACAUUCAAACAAUUGAAACUAUCUACAGAGUACUACAUAUUCCUACCUUUAGGAAAAGUUAUGAAGCAAUCUGGGCGUCGACUGGGAAACCUGAUAUCGAGUUCUUGGUUCAGCUCAAGUUGAUAUUUGCCAUUGGUGCUGCCACGUAUGACGAUCAAUUCUCCCUCCGUUCUUCGGCUGUCCGAUGGGUUUAUGAAGCGCAGACUUGGAUUUCGGAACCAGAAUUCAAGUCACGAUUGACUAUAAAAUCGUUACAGACCGAAAUUUUACUCCUGCUUGCUCGAGAAAUGGCCGCUAUUGGUGGAAGAUUGAUUUGGGUUUCAGCGGGCUCAUUAUUCAGGAAUGCAGUAUACAUGGGACUUCAUAAAGACCCUUCUUUUCUUCCGAAGAAGACCACAUUUGCUGCUGAGAUGCGUCGAAGAAUAUGGAAUACGAUAUUAGAGUUGAUGUUGCUCUCAAGUAUGGAUUCCGGCGGACCUCCGCUCAUUUCCCUUACCGAUUGGGACACCGAACCUCCUGCGAAUUUCGACGACGACGAACUUCUAAUCACUGAUGCUAUACCUCGGCCAGAGACUGAGUUUAGUCACACGUCUCUCGCAAUUAUAUUUCGCAAGACUCUUCCACUUCGCCUCUCGAUUGUGAAGUCAUUGAACAAUGUCAGUACGCCUAUAACAUUGGAGGGAGCCAUCAGGCUUGAUUCAGAGCUGAGAUCAUCAUAUAAGACUAUGUGUCAGGACAUUAAAAGAUUUGACUCAACUAAUGGACUUUUGCCAUCCCAGUUUGGUAUAAAUAUUUUGAAUGUCAUAAUGCUACGAUACCUUUCAUCACUCCACAUCCCAUUUUUUGUGCCAGCACUGCAGGGCCCUGCCUAUUCAUUUUCCAGAAAGGUGGUUCUGGAGACUUCCCUCAAACUUUGGUAUCUAUUAUAUCCACUCGGGUCAACCAGUGAAUCGCAACCCCAAAAAGGAUCCGCCGCAACUGAUCAACAUUACCUACAGCGGCUUACGAUCUGUGGCUCUGGCUUCCUUCGCACAAUUGCAUUACAAUCAGGUUUCAUAAUAGCCAUGGAACUCAAGACCCAACUCCAGGAAGAAACAAGUCUGGGGCCCGUUACCUUGCGACCAGACUUUCUGCAUGCCCUAAACGACACCAAAACAUGGAACAUGAGAUGCAUUGAGGCUGGGGAGGUGAAUGUAAAAGGAUAUUUGUUUAUCUGCAUAGGCAUUGCAUAUCUUGAUGCGGUACGACAAGGCUACAGUGGUGAGAAACUUGCGGCAUCGAUAGUCGGCGCUGCGGAACAAGCCAUUGAAGAAUGUGUAGUAGUACUGGAGAAGAUGUCAGCGCAAGAUCAAAAUGAGCCCGAUGAGUUGAGGAAAACGUCGCUAGCGACCCCACCAGAUUUGAUGGAGGAUUGGGAUUUCAUGGUCAGUUGAGAAGAUAAUUUCCUAUCAUGUGACGCGGUUGCUUAUGAUACUGUUAGAUGACGAAUGCCCAAUACAAUUUCGGAGAUGCGUUGGGAUGGGCAUUCAAUUACGAUAAUUCUCAAGAGUCGUCAUUAUGGUAAUCACCAUUAAACUGGCAAAGACUUGAAUUUAGCGGGAGGUUCAAAUCGUCAGGAUCGACUUUUUUUACGAGAGAUAAACUAUGAAGAAGAUCUAAACUUCGAAUUAUCGGAAAAACUAAAAUAUGGGCGUCAGGUUAUUGACUUCAAGCAGAGUACAUCCUUUAACUUGUGGUGUGUUGAGCCAUACAUAACAUAUCGAGGCCUUCAUUUAUUCGUUCCCACUGACUGAGGUUAACUGAAGUCGUAUUCAUAGUGCUCUCGCCUCUAGCAAUGGGCGUUCAAACAAUAUUCUUCCUCGAAGGGGCGGAAAUCGGCGUGGUCCCUAAUACGGGAAGACAAAGAUUUAUUGGGACGGGAUACUGAGGAACUCGAACUUGAAAGGUGGGAGAAAAUGGAACAAAUGAAAAGCAAAACUGUGCAUAUGUACCAUUUUAUUCCGGGACGAGAGGUUCUCCGGUCAAGAGAUGGACUUUGACGAUGCUGAGUAUAUUCAGCUGAGAUUUGUGGGGAAGUUUGGCGAAAAGAGGAUUGUGUAUCAGGGUGAGGCGGGGGGUGUUUUUCUUUCAAUACUACAGAUUUCAGAUGUAAAGUCGAAGUGGAGUCGAGAAUGUUUUUGUUUGAUGAGAAUCAAAAUGAUGAAGGAUAUUUCGGGUGUUUGUUGGAUAAGCAUGAGUUCUUGGAAUUGCAGACAGAACAAUAAAAUAACAUUUCCAAUCAUGAUACAA